UUCAGUUUUGACUUUGUUCUAGUGUCGGUUUUUUGGAAACGAAACCUAAGCAUUCUACUAGGUGUUACCAAGCACAGGCGGGCGUACAUGACUCAGUCACUGUGUAAACCUCAGGCGACGCGUAUCUCCUGCUAGAACAUCACCACCACCACGAUGAAUGACUUGAAUGUACAUUUCGAGGAAAAGGUUCGUCCCUGCAUCGACCUCAUCGACUCGUUGCGCUCUCUUGGAAUAGAGAAGGACCUGGCGCUGCCCGCUAUUGCCGUGAUAGGAGACCAAAGCUCUGGGAAAAGUUCGGUGCUGGAGGCACUGUCAGGGGUAGCUCUGCCAAGAGGAAGCGGAAUUGUAACAAGAUGUCCCCUGGAACUGAAGAUGAAAAGGAAGAACAACGGCGAGGCGUGGCAUGGAAAAAUAAGCUACGAAAAUUAUGAGGAGGAAAUAAAGAAUCCUGCUGAUGUGGAGAAAAAGAUUGAAGAAGCUCAGAAUACAAUGGCUGGGGUUGGUGUGGGUAUCAGUGAAAACAUGAUCAGUCUGGAGAUCGCCUCUCCGGACGUUCCAGACCUUACCCUCAUUGACCUCCCUGGCAUCACUAGAGUGGCCGUGCAGGGACAACCAGAAAACAUAGGAGAUCAGAUAAAGAGACUUAUUCACAAGUUUAUCACAAAACAAGAAACCAUUUGCCUGGUGGUCCAUGCUUGCAAUGUGGACUUAGCAACCACAGAGGCCCUGAAGAUGGCACAGGAGAAGGAUCCUGAUGGGGAGAGGACUUUAGCGAUCUUGACCAAGCCUGACCUGGUGGACAGAGGCACAGAACAGACAGUGGUUGACAUUGUCCACAAUGAGGUCAUUAGCCUGAAUAAGGGCUACAUGAUUGUUAAGUGCAGGGGUCAACAGGAGAUCAUGGAGAAGGUAUCUCUCAAUGAAGCAAUAGAAAGAGAGAAAGAGUUCUUUACAGAACACAUGUACUUCUGCUCUCUCUACGAUGAAGGCCUUGCAUCUGUUCCCAAACUGGCAGAGAAACUCACACUCGAGCUGGUGCAUCACAUCGAGAAAACUCUUCCGAGACUGGAAGAGCAGAUAGAGGAGAAACUUCAACAAACACAGACAGAGCUUGGGAAAUAUGGCACCGGACCCCCGUCUGAUGUAGCUGAGAGACUUAAUUUUUUUAUUGAUAAAGUGACAGCAUUCACACAGGACGCCAUCAGUCUGACUAAAGGAGAGGAGCUCAAGUGCGGGGAGAAGCUCAACGUCUUUUCUUCACUCAGAAGAGAGUUUCGGGGUUUGAGCGGUCAUCUGGAACAAAUAGGAUACAAAACUUACUUAAAGAUUAGGAAUGAGGUGGAAGCCUAUGAAGACAAGUAUCGAGGAAGAGAACUGCCUGGCUUCAUCAACUACAAGACCUUUGAGGUCAUGGUGAAGGAGCAGAUCAAACAGCUAGAAGAACCUGCGGUCAAGAAACUCAAGGAUAUUGGAGAGGCUGUUAAGAAGGUGUUCAUACAGUUGUCCCAAAGUAGCUUCACUGGAUUUCCUAACCUUCAGAAAACAGCUAAGGCAAAGAUUGAAGCCAUAAAGCAAGAAAGGGAGUCAAUGGCCGAAGCCAUGCUGAGGACCCAGUUUAAGAUGGAGAUGAUUGUUUACUCCCAGGACAACACCUACAGCAACAGUUUGAGUGACAGAAAGAAAGAGGAGAAGGAACAACAAAAAGGCUCAAAAAAUCAGAUUGACAGGAUUGACAAUUUCGCAACUCUUCAACAACUAAUGUUGCACCUUCAAUCAUAUUACACGAUUGCCAGCCAGCGUCUCGCAGACCAGAUUCCGAUGAUCAUCCGUUACCAGAUGCUGCAGGAGUCAGCUGUCCAACUGCAGAGGGAAAUGCUGCAGAUGCUCCAGAAUAGGGAGAAUUUGGAAUUCUGGCUGAAAGAGGAGCAAGACAUUGGGCACAAGAGGGCUGCCCUACAGGGACGCCUCAAGCGUCUCAUGAAGGCUCGUACAUAUGUGAUGGACUUUUAGAUCAGUCAUUCCCAACCUCUGUUCCACGGCAUAUAGUGCGCCAUGAAUGAUCAGCUAAUGUACUGUAUGAAAAUAUCCAGUUUCAUUAUUUUGUCUAAAUCAUUUCAUCAUAUUUACUGCUAACAAUUGCCCCAAGUUCAGCUUAAUAGGCAGAACAAUUAAAUAUUUUCCACUAGAUGGCAACAGAUAAAAAAAAGACUUCCUCUUCAAUUGCUGUGAGUUUACAAGUGUUGUACUGAACAGGCCUAGGUUUCACCCUUAUAGAGAUAAUUAUAUUUGAUAACAUUUAUAUCUGUGACAUUUUUGUUUGAUAGUGCACGCUGGGAUUUUUCCCACAAAAAAAUCAAAAAGGUUGGGAAACGUUGUUUGAGAUGUCUGACGCAAAAGAACAGAAGUUCAACUUUCAUUUUGUUUGUUUUUUACAGAACCAAUAUACACUUGAACGUAGAGCGAGUAGUUACAACACCUUUUGUGCACUAUUGUUAUAGUGGCUUUAUUUUCUGGCAAUUCUGUUAUGUGAAAUACUGUAUAAAUACGAGUUAAAAAUAAAGUACAUACAGUACAUCAA